AUGAGAGGAAGAGAAGGACAAGAAGAAGAUUCGGAGUCGAGAGUUCCACUGUUGAACAGCUCUCACACGGCGGAGGAAGACGAUGGAGGAUUAAAGAACAGAGUUUGGGUUGAGACAAAGAAACUAUGGCGAAUCGUUGGUCCGGCUAUAUUCAGUCGAAUAACGUCAUAUUCUACGCUUGUAAUAACUCAAGCUUUCGCUGGUCAUCUCGGAGAUCUCGAACUCGCCGCGAUCUCCAUCGUCAAUAACGUCACCGUCGGCUUCAACUUCGGCCUCUUGCUUGGAAUGGCGAGUGCGUUAGAAACGCUAUGUGGACAAGCGUUUGGAGCGAAGAAGUAUUAUAUGUUGGGAGUUUAUAUGCAACGUUCUUGGAUUGUUCUCUUCUUUUGUUGUGUCUUGUUGUUGCCGACUUAUCUUUACACAACUCCGAUUCUCAAAUUUCUUGGUCAACCGGAUGAUAUAGCUGAGCUUUCCGGUGUCGUCGCCCUUUGGGUCAUCCCUGUCCAUUUCGCCUUUGCUUUGAUUUUCCCACUCCAACGUUUCCUCCAGUGUCAGCUCAGGAACCAAGUGACUGCGGUUGCGGCUGCGGUUGCAUUGGUGGUGCACCUUAUAGUGUCUUGGCUGUUCGUGGACAGGCUUAAACUAGGACUCGUAGGGACUGUGGCUACGAUUAGUAUCUCUUGGUGGGUCAAUGUUCUUAUUCUAUUAGCUUACUCCACUUGCGGUGGCUGUCCACUUACAUGGACCGGCUUCUCCUCCGAAGCCUUUGUCGGACUUUGGGAAUUCCUCAAACUCUCGGCUUCUUCUGGCGUCAUGCUUUGUUUGGAGAAUUGGUAUUAUCGAAUUUUGAUUAUAAUGACUGGAAAUCUCCAGAAUGCUAGAAUCGCCGUUGAUUCUCUGUCCAUAUGCAUGGCGAUAAAUGGAUGGGAAAUGAUGAUUCCUCUCGCUUUCUUUGCCGGAACCGGUGUACGUGUGGCAAAUGAAUUAGGAGCAGGUAAUGGAAAAGGAGCAAGAUUUGCGACGAUUGUAUCAGUAACACAAUCGUUAAUAAUCGGAUUAUUCUUUUGGGUGAUUAUAAUGAUUUUCCAUAACCAAAUCGCUUGGAUUUUCACUUCAAGUGAAGAGGUUUUAAUGGCCGUUAAUAAACUCACCCUUCUGUUAGCUUUCACCGUUCUCCUUAACAGCAUUCAGCCGGUUCUUUCUGGUGUUGCGGUCGGAUCGGGUUGGCAAUCCUACGUGGCAUACAUAAACUUGGGAUGUUACUAUUGCAUAGGGGUUCCACUUGGGAUUUUAAUGGGUUGGGUUUUCAAAUUCGGUGUCAUGGGAAUUUGGGCCGGUAUGAUAUUUGGAGGAACGUCGGUUCAGACGCUGAUCUUAUGUUUUAUCGUGAUAGGAUGUGACUGGGAAAAAGAGGCACAAAAAGCAAGUGCUCGUGUUAACAAAUGGUCCAAAACAACAAAAUGA